UUGUGUAAGUGCCUGGCAAGGGUGACGUGGGCUGUUCCUCCAAGCACAGCUGCAGCCCUGGCUGGGGUGGAGGCAGGUCCCAGGCAGCACUGCCCUCCCAGGUCCUCCCUUCAGUCUUUUCAGUGGUAGGGGACAUGCACCCUGCUCAGCCUGAGCCCACUAGGGGGGCUCUCUGUCCCCAGUAGCAGUGAGAUGGCAAGUCUACCGAGCUGUUCUCUGACCAGCUGCCUCCCCUUCCUCCUUCUCCUGCUCCUCCAGCUGUCCACCAGUUACGCAGGACAGUUCAGAGUGAUAGGACCAGGGCACCCCAUCCGGGCUCUGGUAGGGGAUGAAGUGGAAUUACCAUGCCGCAUAUCUCCUGGGAAGAAUGCUACGGGCAUGGAGGUUGGCUGGUACCGCCCCCCCUUCUCCAGGGUGGUUCAUCUCUACAGAAAUGGCAAGGACCAAGAUGGAGAGCAGGCACCAGAAUACCGGGGCCGGACAGAACUGCUGAAAGAGACAAUUAGUGAGGGAAAGGUGACCCUCAGGAUCAGGAAUGUAAGGUUCUCAGAUGAGGGAGGUUACACCUGCUUCUUCCGAGACCAUUCAUACCAAGAGGAGGCAGCGAUGGAAUUGAAAGUGGAAGAUCCCUUCUACUGGAUCAGCCCAGGAGUGCUAGUCCUCCUCACUGUCCUGCCCAUGCUCCUCCUGCAGAUGGUUGUGGGCCUCGUCUUCCUGUGCCUGCAGCACAGACUCAGAGGAAAACUUGAAGCAGAGAUAGAGAAUCUCCACCGGACUUUUGAUUCUUUUGGUGUUCCUGGACCCCAGGUUAAGAAACCCAAUAAAUGGAGAAGGGUGGAUCCCCACUUUCUGAGAGUACCCGCCUGGAAGAUCACCCUGUUUGUAAUUGUGCCAAUUCUUGGACCCCUGGUUGCCUUGAUCAUCUGCUACAACUGGCUACAUCGAAGACUAGCAGGUGAAGUGGUGGUGCAGAAAACAGGACAAAGUCAGCCCUGAAUGGAAACAAAGAGGGUGGAACAGGGGCUUAAGAUUCAGGGUGCUGGGAUUUACUUCCUCCUCUGUCCACACCCAAUCCCUGGCCCCUCAGAAAUACCUUGAAGAAAACCACUUACUGAGAUCUGUGGGGACCCUUAGUGGAAAGGGAAGGAUGGGUUGAUGUGGAUCUCCACAGGGGGGAUGUAGGGGAGGGAGCUAGUCUUCUUCCACCGGUCACCUUUUUUUUUUUCUCUGUUUUCAGGGCAUUUCCUUGAAGAGCUAAGUAAGUUUUCUUCUUAUAACCUGAGAAAAAGCCAGGAAAGGGAGACAGAAGCAACAAGGAGGGCUAUUCUACCGAAGGGUCAAAAUC